CUGCAGGGACCGGCAGGAACUCGCUGGAGCGUUGAAAGUCCUCGGUCAACGCAGAGUAGGUCAGAGCAGCGAAAACGCAAACAGGCUGCACUUGACUUCGAUACAGACACUUGCUGCACGGAGGACUGUAGCGCACAGCCAAACACUGCAGGAGAAAACAUGUCUCGUUUUAUCGUCCGACUUUCGCUCGUCAUCUCUCAGAGAGUGGCUGGCAAGUCCGUCUUAUUGCCCAAGACCAGGGUUCCUGUUUUCAUCCGUCCCGUCUCCGCUAGUUCAGGCUCGGGAUCUCUGACUCGUUAUGAUGAGACGACAGACUGGCAGAAGAAACUUACCCCUGAACAGUACGUGGUCACGAGGGAGAAGGGGACAGAGAUGCCCUUCAGCGGUCUCUAUCUGAACCAUAGUGAGGUGGGGAUGUACCACUGUGUGUGCUGCGACACUCCCCUCUUUAGUUCAGAGGCAAAGUAUGACUCUGGGACAGGCUGGCCAGCGUUCAAAGAGGCUCAUGGGACGUGGGAGCGCGAUGAGAGCCACGCAUCCAUCAUCCGUCGCCCUGACAACACCAUGGGAAGUGCCGAGACAGAGGUCCUCUGUAAACAUUGUGACGCCCAUCUGGGUCAUGUGUUUGAGGAUGGACCAGACCCCACAGGACAGAGGUUCUGCAUCAACAGCCAGUCUCUUAACUUCAGACCGAGAGAUCUCACACCCGACGACUAGUAGAGCCCCUAGAACCGCUUAGAACCAUCUCAAACCACCUAGGCCUGACCAGAACCAACCUUCAAACCCAGAGAACACAAACCGAAGGACCAGUAAAACCCAACAGAACUGACACCUGGAUCCCUAACACUGACCUGAGAUGGAAUUUUCCUGAUUUCCUGACCUCGGCAUCAGGGAUACUGUUUUCUAUGUCUGUAUCUUUCUGUAACUGAUCAUAGAUGAACAUGUAAUAUUUACCUGACUGUAUUUACCUGACUGUGUUCCCAGCCUCACCCUAGCCCCAACUACUGUACAGUGUGUUAUAGGGGGAAGGGGGUAAAGGGAGGUCAUAUGUUUCAUAUGGUCACAUUUUUAUGUCUGUCCAUUUAUAUUAAGGGGUCUUCAAUCAUAGUCACUUGGUUUCUCUGAGAGUUAAAGGCCUAAUGCAGUGUUUUUUAUCCUAAUAUCAAAUUAUUUCUGGGUAAAAAUUAAGUACCUUACUGUAAUAGUUUUCCAUUAAAAUGGUCAAAAAGAAACAAAAAUAGCUUUUCAGCUGUUGUACAAUAUGAUACAAAACACAGGAAAACAGAAUUUUAACUGCUUCUAACUGACACAUAAGGAGUAUUUUUGACAGCUCAUAAAGGAGUAAUAAAGACAUAGUUCACACAGGAGUAAUAAGAUUUUGUGAAAUUUUUUUAACAUUUGUAUUAUUUUAUUUUAUUUAAAUGUAUCAGGGGGUCCUGCAGCACCCUCGGCACCCCUACUUCCUGCGGCUGUGUCUGUGACCACAUUGAAGCCAGGUCUUAAGGCUCCAUUCAAUCCGUAGCGCUGAAGAUCCACAAUAUAGCGCAAUUGAAAUGUAAAGGCAAUGAUCCUGCAUUUGCGGAGACUUCAUUCGCUUUAAACGCUGCAUAUGUCGACUCAAUUGGAAAUUACCUUUAAAUUUAAAUUGCGCUAUAAUGCAGAUCUUCGGAGCUAUGGAUUGAAUCAAGCCCUUAGUGUCUGCUGUUGUGUACAGUUAGUCUGUGUCUGUGGUAGAACCUACUGUCAUGUGAACCAUUCAACAUGGAGCAUAUUCUGUCAAUAAAAUGUGUAUUUUUUCUUGUG